AUUCCAUGUGCACCAUGCACACCUGUUUCAGAGAACACGAUCCUUAGAUGCACACACACCCCUAUUUUCUCUGAGUGACCACAGGAGCUUGCAAUGCUCUCAAUAAUUAAUGACAUUGGCAGUAGCAGUCUGGCUAGCAUUUUCUGGAUUCAUCUGUCUUCAUCACCUACAGCACACUAGAGCUUUGUCCUGCCUGUCAUUUUUACCAGAAAGUUUACAGAACAGUAUUACAUCUUAACGGAGCGGCAGAAUGGUGUCACCCGCCAUUGCUCUUGCAUUUCUCCCCCUGCUACUGACUCUGAUCAUAAAGUACCGCUAUUACUUUGUACUGUUCUACCGAGCGGUGCUGGUGCGUAUGGUGCAGGACUGCCGCACUGGCCUUAGUCGUGAAGAACGGGCAUUCCAGUACGUGAUGACCCAUGCUACCCCGGGGGACCCCGACAGUAUCCUGGACACCUUUGAUCACUGGUGCAGCAAAGUGGAGUUCAUCAGCAACAUCGGGCCAAAAAAAGGUAAAGUCCUGGACAGGCUACUGAAGGAGACCUGUCCUCUGACAGUACUGGAAUUGGGUGCACACUGUGGGUACAGCACAGUACGCAUUGCCCGCUUACUACCCAUCGGUGCCAGGAUCUAUUCUGUGGAAAUGGAUGAACGCAAUGCUGUGGUGGCUGAGAAAAUAAUUCGACUGGCUGGCUUUGACGAUGACACGGUGGAGCUAAUCGUGAGGCCCUCGGACGAGGUCAUCCCAAGGCUGCGGGAGGACUUUGGGGUGGAGCGGCUGGACUUUGUGUUCAUGGACCACUGGAAGCGCUGCUACCUCGCAGACCUGCAGCUGCUGGAGGGCAGUGGGCUGCUGGGGAAGGGCACGGUGAUCCUCGCCGACAACGUGAUCUUCCCCGGUGCGCCCCACUUCCUGCGGCACGUGAAGAGGAGCGGGCUGUACGAGUACCGUGUGCACCGCGCCACGCUGGAGUACAUACGGGGCAUCCGUGACGGCAUGGCCGAGCUCACCUACCUCGGGACCAACUGACACGAUGCCAGUACGCUGCCAGGCCAGAGAAAGACUGCUUUCCCCUAGCCCCAUUCUCUCAUUUUUGUGAGAGGGGGGGCUACAGUGUCAGCUCAUUGCAUUCUUUAUACACGUUUGUCAUUUUUUAAAAGAUUCUUCCAUAUCGGUAAAGUAAGAGCUGUGCAAUUCAAUAAAAUCCAUCAGAGAGUUUGCGUCGACA